GCCAGGACCGGUGCAGCAGCGAGCCCUGAGCAGUGCUCUCUGUGCCUGGCGAGCGGCGGGGACCCAGCUGCUGAGUUCGAGCCAACAUGAGCGAGCGACAAGGUGCCGGGGCAACCAAUGGAAAAGACAAGACGUCUGGCGAAAACGAUGGGCAGAAGAAGGUCCAGGAGGAGUUCGACAUCGACAUGGACGCGCCAGAGACAGAACGCGCCGCGGUGGCCAUUCAGUCUCAGUUCAGAAAAUUCCAGAAGAAAAAGGCAGGGUCUCAGUCCUAGCGGGAGAGCCCCUUCCUAGCCCUCCAGAAGACACCGAGCUCGACCAUCAUCUGUCAAGAAAUUACGAGAACACAACGCCCUAGAGAGAAGUCACCCUCACACGACACACGCGUGCACGGCAAACCUACAAUGCAUGUACAGAAACCUGUGAUAUUUAUACCCUGCUAGGAAGGUGUAGACGGGAUGAAGUUGUGAGUAGCUUAAUCUCUAUGUUCCUCUCCAUUAUCACUCCUCCUGCAACUAUUUUCCCCGACGUUGUAAUAAAAUGGAGUUAAGACGAGUGAUUUAA